ACAAUGGUUCUGAAGACAAUAAUUCUGAAAACAAUAAUUCCGAAAACAAUGAUUCUGAAAACAAUGAUUCUGAAAACAAUGAUUUCGAAAACAAUAAUUCUGAAAAUAAUAAUAAUUCCGAAAACA